AACUUUCUUUGUGUAAAUGGAGUCAGUUUCAGCGAGUUGAUUUAGGUAUACAUGCCACUGGCCUUGCUUAUGUGACCCCAACUUUUUGUUUAGUUUUUAAUCCGACGCCAACCUUUUGUUUACAUUUUUAUCAGUUUUGCUUUCAUGAUAGUAGAAGUAUAUAAAGGAAUGCAAUGUGCAAGCAAAUGAAACAUUCCUUUGAUUUUGAGACGGAUCAACAUGGCCUCGGGUAGCUUUGUGAUGCUUAUGGCGCUCGUGACGUUCGCCUUUGUAUCCAAAGCCAUGUUAGCCACGUCUUUGACGCUGGACGUAGAAGAUGAAGAUCGCUUCCCUGUUCCCAAUUCCGAGGUCCGGCUGACGUGCUCCGGUCAUUACGACGGCAUCUUAACCUUCAGCGGCAAUCCACAAACAGGAGGGAGAGUUGUCUGGACCAAGGACGGGCAGAGAGUGGCAGAGUGGCCGAAACCAGCCGGAACGGAGACACCAAGUAAGUACGAGCUGUCGGCAGACCCACCCGAUGAUACCAUGUUCUUUGCUGACCUCGUGAUCCGUUCCAUGGACACAACAGAUAACGGUGUGUACAAAUGCCGGCUGAAAAGAGGUGAAACGGUUCUCGGCACGUCAAACGGGGAGCGAUUGACGGUCGAACAGCGCCCAGCAAGCCAGUAUCCAGUAUGCUCGGUCCGCGCUCUGGAGAACGAGAGAACAUUUAUCUGCGAGUCGGAGAGGGGAAGUCCGCCGGUCACCCUUCAGUGGUGGAAAGAUGGACAACCUCUCGAGCAGUCUACGCCCGAUGAUGACUUGGAGGACUUUGUCCAGGCUCGCUUGUUGAUGGCGGAUGACGAAUCAAGCAGAGGAAGAUUCGAAUGCGCCUUGACAUUCAGGGGAGAGCUUGCCGGAUCUUGCAUCCUGGACCGACCCAACGUGACAAUAACCAUCACGAGUGGAUGGAGCAUCGGUGAAGAUUUGGUCGUUGUCUGCCUUACUUCUGGCAAUCCACUGGUAUCUACCGUUGACUGGAACUUUACACCUAAUCUUCACUCGUCUGUCACAAAGGAAGGACCCGUGCUGACGAUAAAUAGCAUCAGCUCCCGCGACAAUGGAACUCGGAUAACCUGCGAGGGACACAAUGCAGUUGGCAGCAAUCAGGCAAGUACAGUGAUAACCUUACGACCUCUUGGAGCCACAGUGAAGCCAGUGACAGUCCGACUUGAACAAAGUGAAAUACCGACAUCGGUUGACGAACAGGCCCAGUUCAAAUGCAUUACGACCCCCGUGCGCUCUCCUCCUCCCCCGUGUGUAUGGCACUACAAUGGUCAUGACGUCGACCCCUUCAACACCACUGACAGAUUCUUUGUGGAGGACCGUUCAGAGCACGUCCUGUCAGUGUCUGGUGUGUCGACCCUGGAUGUAGGAGCCUCGGUAACCUGUAGAAUCGUGGGUAGUUAUCAGCCCAAGGCAGAGGUUUUCCUGCAGGCAAGUUUCCAACAAACCACCAAGGCUUUGAAUGUCAAGACAACUACCCAGAUCACUUAUCUCAAGUUGGGGCCGUCAUCAUCGGAUACUUGGUCUCUCAGCACACUGAUGGGGUACAUCAUCGGAGGUCUGAUGUGCUUGGUCUUGGUGGGAAUUUGCUGCUGGGUUUCUCUCAAGGCGAAGACACUCAUGUGUGCCAAGCGAGACUCCAAGAACAUCCGGGAGAAUGGUACAGGGGCCAAGGCAUCUUGCACCAACGUCAACGAUGACUUCGUGGUGGACCUCGGGGUGCCUCCUGAACUGAGCGCCCGUCCAAAGAUGGCGACAAAGGUCGUGGAUGAGGAGGAAUCGCUCUACCAGGAUCUGGAGGAUGUGUCCCGUCAACGGCAGAUCAACGAGUACCAACGUCUCAUCAGCAAUGACUGGGCCCCAUCCGCCCCAGAAUUGUCACAGAAAUAAGCCGUUUGUACCCGCUUGUUGUUAGAUGGCGCGUGUUCAGGAACGUUGGUGAGAAUGACCGUUGUUAAAAUAAACAUUUCGAACACUUCAUUUCACUCGUUAACGUUUCGUGAGCUCUCUUACAGCACACCAUCGAUAUCAAAUUGAAUGUCCACUUUAUUGUUGUCUUCGCUAUUUUCUUGUUAAAAGUUAAUCGAAUGCGGCAAACCAUUAAGGAAAUGGCGUGUAUCAAAACACGGAGCAUGACAAAAAGGGUUAAAGAUUUAACUAUUGAUUUAAAUGAGCAAUUAGGCAUAAUCACAUGCGUUUCUCUAGUCAAAAAUGGUCUGAAAAGCAUUGUACAAUUUCUAAAUUCCAUGAUAUUGUGGAUGUACUAGCGGGACUCAUUCUUGCAGCCCAGCAGUAAAGCGUUGUCAAAUUAAAAUAUCUUUGAAAGUACUUUUUUUAAUGUGAUAACAAGAGAAAAGUCUCCAAAUUGUAGCAGGUUUUUGUAAAUUAUGACGGGUUCUUGAAUCUCGAUUCCUAUUAUUCUGGACCAAGAUGUAAAUAUAUGUAUUGGUGAAUUAUUAUAUGAUUGCAUUACUGAUAAAUAGUUUAAACAUGCUUUAUAUUAUUGAAAAUGAGUGUAUUUAAAGAGUAAUUUAUCUUUAAAAAAAAUUAGGCUCUCUGGAAAACUGUGCGUAAAUUUGGCCUAGAAUCGCCAUAUCACCAUAGACACUCUACAUGUUUAUCGAUAUAGGUUCCAUUUUUAACAAUUUCUCAAUACGGUUAAAGAAAUCUCGUGUUAAUGAUAGCGGCUGCGCGCGAUGUGUACUGUUUCGUAGUCAAUACGGAUACGUGAAUUUCGGCAUGAUGGUUUCUUUCCUUGAGCAGGGCAUCCUGGAACAAACUGAUGGGUAAAAAGUUUGAUAAAAGUAAUGAACCACAAUGGUGCGUUCUGCUUUCAAAAAUUCGAUCUGAAUUGGUCCAUCUCAGGCCUCUAGAUUUACAGGCGUAGAAUAUGUACAAAUACAAAUAGAUCGGCUGCGGCUUAUAGAACAUUAUGUAAACGCCAAAUAUAUAUAGAAUUUGUUGAGCAGAUAUGUUAUGAUGUUAUGACGAUUAACUAGGUAAAAAAAGGUUCUUUUAUUCUUAGAAAUAAAGUAUGGCAGAUAGGUGAUUGUGUCUUCGAUGAAGCAUGGAAUUUGGAUCACAGUCAGAGUAUGUCAUGAGAAAGAUAUUUUGCUAUAGGGCCAUCGAAGAUUUGUCCUUUGAAAAAAUAUAGGUAGAAUAACAAGCGAUUAUAGCCAUUUUGAAAGGUUUGAAAAUUGCUUGUUGUUCCAUCUAUAAUUUUAAAGGACAAAUCUCCGUUGGCCCUAAAUCCAAAUAUCUUGACCCGUCAGUGCCAAAUGACAUGCUUGUAUCAUCAAAGACACAGUUCCCCCAAAUGUUUCCCCCAUCUGCCACACAUAUACGGACAUAAAUUUGCUAAAGGAAUGUAUAUAUAUUUACUAGAAAACGUUUUAAUGUGAUCCAGAUUUGUCAUAUUAUGAUUAUACCUAUCGAUGUUUAUCAUUAUAUUUACAAGCAACACGUUAUAUCAAUGCAUACUGGCUGAGAAACGUAUUAAUGAAUACAAUGGUACUAUAAGCAAGACUAGUUAGGCGUAUAUUUGAGCAGUUAUUUAAUACUUUGGCAAAUAGUGGAGGGCAGCC